AUGAACUUAAAAUUACCGUACUUGGCGUUGCACAUCGGUAACAUUGAAUUAUUGGAAACACCAGAUGACAUGACCCGUUCUCAAUUCCACGGUCCCCGGUCGCCAACUCGUUCAAGCUUCGACUCUGCCACGGUCCCAGAUCGGGCGUCUUCAGCCCUACCAUACCUCUUCCUCACCGAGACCCCACGCAACCAGAGCCCUGCAGACCAGAACUAA